CACGACCUGACACGACAACGACAUCGCCAUGCCGCCAAAAGAGACUACCAAGAAGGGCGGAAAGCCCAGCAAGGCCGGCAAGCAGGCCAACGCAGCUGCCAAAGCAGCUCUGCGCGGCGUCAACUCGCAUAAGGUCCGCAAGGUGCGCAAGAGUACGAGCUUUCAUCGCCCUAAGACGCUGGAACUGAGCCGCGCACCCAAAUAUCCCCGUCGCUCAAUCCCGCACCAACCCCGCCUCGACGCCGGCAAGAUCCUCAUUCACCCACUGAACACAGAAUCCGCAAUGAAGAAGAUCGAAGAAAACAACACGCUCGUCUUCAUUGUCGACACCAAGGCCAACAAGCGUCAGAUCGCCGCCGCCCUCAAGAAGCAGUACGAUGUCAGCUGCGUUAAGAUCAACACUCUGAUUCGACCGGAUGGGACGAAGAAGGCGUUUGCGAGACUUACGGCCGAUGUCGAUGCCCUAGAUAUUGCUGCGACGAAGUUGGCGAUUGUCUAGAUGGACAAAGCUAUGGAUUGAGGGGAAUGUGGGAGUAGAGAGAGAUUUCUGCAUUCGAAUACCUGGGAUUUAUCUGGGAUGGGAUGGAAAAGCGCAAGCAUAUGCAUGGCGUUUGUGGGCUUCCUUGUAGUCAAUUGAUGACGGGAAUCAAGAUCCUACAUGGUGCCCAACUA